GCAGAGCUCUCAGAGAGAGAGAGAGAGAGAGAGAGAGAGGGGGGGAAAGGAGAAGAAAGGGAGAAAAAAAUUGAGAGAAAUUUGAUGAAAGACGGCUUAGGAGAGGGAAGAGAGAAGGAUCGAGGUAUCUAAUGGCGGUGUUGGGAUUCGUUUCGGUGCGUUGAGUUCCAAAGAUUCCAUUAUUAUUUAUCGCCGCCCCUCGGAAAAGGGGUGGACCUUCGCUCUCGUCCCAUUGGCCAGAAGGGAAGAGCGCAGAGGGAAAGGAUCGAAAGGGUCCGAAUCUUGCUAGGAGGGUUUUCGUUCUCCGUGCCUCGGAGGACGAAGAAGAACGUGGCAGAACCAGGAGAGUCUCUGAAAGCGGGGGGAGGGUGCUGGAAUCGUUGCAUGGUUGAUAUCUUUGAUUUUGGAUGCUGUGGAGCUUCCUAGGUUGUCAAAGAAUGGUUGCCUAAGAAGUUAUCCCUAAAUAUUCAUUGAAUUCGUGGUUUUUCUGAGAGAAUUCUGUUUCGAUCAGGAUUUUUGGUCUGCUAAAAGAUUUUUGAGGUUGUCUAGUAGUGAAAAUAGGAAGCUUAAGGGCGCAGACUGUUCCAAAAAGGAAAGGAGCAGCAAUUGGUUGAGGUUUCUUAGGGCAAAACAUAGUGUAAUCUGGAUAGUGCGACGUAACUUAGUGGUUUUAGGAUAUAAAUGGCAACUGAUUCAAAUAUGGGCUUUCGUCAAGGGACCAUUCCGUCCUCCUUUUGCGAUCGACUCAUGCUCUCUUUCCAGUCAGGGGCAAGAAAUAGUACCACUGAGAUGAUUUCUGGGGGCAUGAGCAGUUCAGGCAUGAACAGCAGCACAUGUGAGAUGUUCCUCUCUGGUAACCCCAGCAUGAUUAACAAUAUACCCGCAAUAAGUGCAGCUGGGAGCUCUUCAAGCAAUGUUCAUCAUGAUCAUGUGCACAGGUUCAAGCCUGGUACUGUGUCAGGGUCAGAUUGGUCUGCUCAAGAAGCGGUUAAGUUGAAUGAAGGUCUUACCAAAUAUGCUCAUGAACCAAAUUUUAUGAAGUAUAUAAAGAUAGCAGCUAUGCUUCCAGAGAAGACUAUAAGGGAUGUUGCAUUGAGGUGCCGUUGGAUGAGUAAUAAGCAAAAUGGUAAACGGCGGAAUCUUGAAGAACAUUACGCAGGAAAGAAAAUAAAAGACACUAAGGAAAAAAUGGUGGCGUCUUCCUCAACAGCAAAAGUUCAUAUGGUUCCAUCAGACAACAUGCCCCCCUAUUCGCUGAUGAUGCAUCAUAAUGUGAACCACUUUGAUCAUUUUUCCCAUGAAGGCCCUGCUUUAGAUGGUGCAAUUCGACAUCUUCUGGAUGAAAAUGUUCAAAUGUUAUGCCAGAUUUCAGCAAAUCUUUCAACAUUCAAGAUACAGGAGAACAUCGAGUUAUUUCUCCACACAAGAAACAACUUCACAUCUAUUUUGCGUAGAAUGAGCGAGUUGCCUCCAACAAUGAAUCAGGUUCCUGGGAUAAUGAGUCCAUUGCCUCAUUUGCCAGUGUUGGUCAAUGAGGAACUCCUCAAAUCUGUUGUCUCUUUUAAUGAGAAGGAUGUUACUUAUGGUGCACCAAGUGGCGUGAAUCCCUAGCGAGAGCCUUCUGUAAAUGCAGCAAAGUGGUGGGAGCUUACUCUAUUAUGUAAAAAUAUCUUCCAAGAGGAAGAAUUCCAUUCCAAAAUGAAGAAAUACAUCAUACCAACCCAAGCACCAGGUAAUAAAAGGCUCUCUUCUUGAGUGUAACCUGACUUCGUACGUAUGGUUUCUGGUACGAAGCCUGUAUGUCCAUCCUUCAAAAAGGGAGAGGAACCUUCAAAUGAAUUUUUUGGUGCUUGCAUGUUAUCAAUUCAUUUACUUUGCCAUCACAUUCUUCUCCAGGAUUGCUCAUGGGAUUGGAAAAGUGCUAUUUUAGAAUCCAAUUAUUCUCCAUGCUGUAUUAAUCAGAAUAAAUAUGAAAUUGUGAUAAAAAAAAUUAGUCAGCUAUAAA